CAAGCUUCUUCGAGAAGUCGAGAGCAUGAAUUCGGAAGAAAUUAUUACCAGAUGGAAUUCAGUAACGAAGAGCAACAAGUAGAUUUAUCAAAUACAUAAGUUCUCGAGUAAAAUCUGCAACUAUCUCUUCAUCUAUGGGAGAUGACGAAUUUUUUCUCGGGAGCUUUUUUCCAGCUCUCAAUCUACUCGAAAAAAAUACUCUUAUCAAAAAUUUCGCUAUCUGUCUUGGAUUCGCUGAUAUUAGCGCAAUAAUCGACUAGGAAAAUUGUGCGAUUCGUUACUUUGUAUUUGAAAAUUACUUGAAUUGUAGAAUUCUUCUCGGAUUUCUUCAUCAUUUAUUUUUUCUAGUGGUGGAGAAAAGUCAGUGUCACGCUGAGCUCGUAUGUGUGGGAGGGAGAGUGCGUUGAAAAAAUAGAGGCAGAUAGUCAGAAGCCGUCAAGAGAACCAGUCGAGACUUCUCUUGGUUUACGAUUUUUUAGAGUUCGGUUUUGAUAUUCUCAAUCGUUUUUCGUGUUUUUGAUGAUGAAGUUGAUUUUUGUGGCCACGGUGAUGCUCCUAGGGCUUGUGAUGAGCGAAGAACUGAGUUAUGAAUUUUCGAGGGUGAGGAAGAGGCAGAAUGCUGAUUCCUUCGAACAGUGCACUCCUGUUAAGUUUCUGAUGGGACAGCUGGGAGUUGUUAAUGUUAUAGCGUUUCUCGAUAAUUCUUGGCCGUAUAGUCAUAAACAAGCAUCUAUGUUGAAACUCCUGAAAGAUCGGCUGGAGCGAUCGGGACUCCCUGAGGCCCUCUUCUUCGUCAUAACAUCAAACUCCCCAGAGAAUCCCUUUGAGGACAUCUCCGAGGAGGAAAUCGAGAGAGAGGCGUGGGACGGAGUGGCUCCAGAAGAAGCUAUGGAGCUCUCCUCAGGGCUCUUCCCCCCUGAACCUCUGGAGAAGACACUAUCCCCGGAUAUUUUUCUGGUGGAGGACAGCGAGGAACUCGGGAUAUGGAAGGAGCUUCACGGGUCCAGGGACCAGAUCCUGGUGAUCGACAGGUGUGGAAAACUCGCGUACCAGGUGAUCGUCCCCUGGAGCAUCCUCCACUUUCCCUACGUCAAGGCCGCGAUCUUGUCGACCCACAAAGAUGAUCCCUGUGGGCCCUGCGAUGCUUAUGCCACUGUUGUCGAGCUGGAGAACACGUUAGCAGGUGUCACAGAUGUUAACACAGAAACCGUAACGAUUUCGCCCGAAUUAAUCCCGGAAAAUGUAUUUCCCCCCGAAGAAGUCGUCGAAGAGCUAGUGCUUCCCAGUCUGCGGAUCAUCAUGCACGCGCCUCACUAUCACCCUGGCUCGGAAAAGUUGAACGAGUACGUGGUCUUGAACGCCGAUAAAGCAGUUUACCAUGGACACCUGGAGGAAGAGACGAGUGAGAUGACAAUCAAGCCCUCAGAGCUGGCGAGUCUCGUCUUCGAGAGUGACGAGAGUCCAGGGCUGUACGGCGAGGUCGCUGAUUUCUGGAGGGACGGGGGUGAGGAGAAGAUUGAUGAAAUCGUGUCCUCAGGUGAUGGAGGCAGUGGAAUUAUACCACCUGCUCCAGGAGAUCUCAUGGAUGAGGCGGUGACGAGUGUCGCGGAAUUCACGGUUGAAGAAGAAGCCUCCAGGAGUAGAUUAAUUGCUCAUUACAGCAAAUUACUUCCUUGGAUUUAUUACAUCCUGGAUGAAUGAUCCUCGAUAAAAUCAAUUAAUUA